AUGAGAGAAGGACAUAGACCAGAUGGUUGGUUAGGAUUUAUGAUUGGAUCAAGAAUAUAUGUAGAUUUUGGUCGAUUUGAUUUUAAUAUAGCUUAUGAAAAGUUAAUUACAGAAAUUAGUCAUCAACGAAAACAAUCUCUUCCAUCGAAAUCAGCCAACAUGACUCAACAUGAAAAACCAACUGAAAUAAUUUCUAAUAAACUCGAAAUAGCUACAACUCAUGAUUAUAAUGUAUUUUCUAUGCAUACGAAAUGUAAACUAAUGUCAUGUGUUAUUUGA